AUGGAGGGGAAUAAACCCAUUACGUUCGACCUAAAUGGAGACGCUAAAUAUCACCUGAUCGGGAUACCAAGUCGAUAUUCUGGCUGGUGUGCCCGCCCGGCCAUUGUGAUGGAGCACUUCCAGCUUCCUUAUACAUCCUCAACUAUCAAAGUGUGCGAUGCGAAGAAAAAGUCCAAUACCGGCUUGGUUCCGGUUCUGAUUCCACUGUCGCCAAAACUAGACAUCCAAAUCUGCGAUUCACUGGCUAUCUGUGAAUUCCUCGCUGAGUCACACCCCGAGCUCCCACUGUGGCCUAAAGAUCCUAUGCUUCGAGCGCUCGCAAGGAGUGCGGCUGCAGAGAUGCAUUCGGGAUUUUCGGAGCUGCGAAAUACCUGUCCAGGCAACUUUGUUGCUAAAUAUACAGGCAAUGUUCCCGUUACUGAGAAAGCGAGGAAAGAGGUUGAGAGGGCCUUCUCUCUGUGGCAUGAGGCUAGGACCAAGACUGCUCAGAGAUUGAAGGAGCUUGGGGAAGAAGACGAGGGAUACUUGUUUGGGAAGUUUGGAAUUGCGGAUGCAUUCUACUGGCCUCUUCUAUGGCGCUUCCGAACUUACAAUCUUCCAUUGACAACUGCUUCGCCCGAAGCACUUCUAUGGGUGAAGAAAAUGUGGAGCGACCCGACUCUGAAGUUGCUAAGCAAAGAUUAUUUCAAACAGGCUGAGGAUCCUGAGACGGCUAUGGUACAAUUUGAUGAUAUCUUCAAGGGGAAUCCAGAAAUCCAGUAUAGCCGAUUUGAGGAGGAUUGGGAGUUCACAGCUGCCUGA